UGCAGGGUCCGGGGGGAGACCAGAUAUAGUGAAUGCGGGGUCCGGGGAGACCAGAUAUAGUGAAUGCGGGGAGACCAGAUAUAGUGAAUGCGGGGUCCGGGGAGACCAGAUAUAGUGAAUGCGGGGCCCGGGGAGAGCAGAUAUAGUGAAUGCAGGGUCCGGGGAGAGCAGAUAUAGUGAAUGCAGGGUCCGGGGAGACCAGAUAUAGUGAAUGCAGGGUCCGGGGAGACCAGAUAUAGGGAAUGCAGGGUCCGGGGGAGAGCGGAUAUAGUGAAUGCAGGGUCCGGGGAGACCGGAUAUAGUGAAUGCAGGGUCCGGGGAGAGCGGAUAUAGUGAAUGCAGGGUCCGGACCAGAUAUAGUGAAUGCAGGGUCAGGGGGGA